UUUAAUAUCAUCUUCAUUCAUUAUGGUCACCAGUAUUUUCCAGUAGUUUCUCCGGCGUUACCUCUUCCCAGCUUCAGCAAGAGCAUAAGAGAUGCCAUUCGAAAAGCAAAACAAAUGUAAUUGAGUGGUCUCUCCAAUGGCGCCCUCUCUGCCUUGUUUAUAGCGUCUUCGUUUACCACCCUUGCGCGCGCGUGCCGCUGUCGUCAACCAAUUCCUGUCUGGAGUGUCUGACCGCCGGUGGGCGAGUGGGGUGUGUCUGCAAGCGGAGAGAGCGUGCGAUUCAGACUCCUUGUACACAACACGACUCGAGUGAGAAUAAAAUGCUGCAAAAUCUGAAAUUGACACGACUCAGAGUCUAGCAGCAAUCUGACACUUUUUUGUUCGCCAGUUCGGGGAGAGACUGCCUGGAACCAUGAAGAAAUCGAGCCCGGCAAAGCAACAACCACCACCUCCGGCUGAAGUCACAGUGCCAGAUAACGAGGUUACUGUGCAACAACUGAACGAGCUGUUGUCAAACAGCAGCGGAUUUUACAGUUUACCAACACAGCAUUUCAACGAGGUCUUCCCUAGAAUAUACGUUGGUAACGCGUUUGUGGGCCAGAAUCUGAUGCGUCUGCAGAAGCUGGGCGUGACCCACAUCCUGAACGCGGCGGAGGGCAACUCCUUCAUGCACGUCAACACCAACGCAGAGUUCUAUGCUGGCUCGGGCAUCACCUACCACGGCAUCCAGGCCAACGACAAGCCUCAGUUCAACCUCAGUACAUUUUUUGAGGAGGGGGCAGACUUCAUUGAGAAGGCUCUGGCACACAACAAUGGCAAAGGGAAGGUGUACGUCCACUGCCGAGAGGGCUACAGCCGCUCGCCCACCAUUGUCAUCGCUUACCUCAUGCUGCGCCACAACCUGGACGCCCGGGUAGCGGUUGCCACGGUGAGGCUGAAGAGAGAGAUCGGCCCCAAUGACGGCUUUCUGCGCCAGCUGUGCCAACUCAACGAGAAGCUGGCAAAAGAGGGCAAGUUGAAUGGGGUGAUGCCAGUCGUGGCUGCCAGGUUAAAGACAAAGUAAGAGAGGGAGAGAGAGACCCAAACCCUCCUAUUCUGCGUUCCAUAGGAGACAACCUGACUCAAUCCACCCUGACCGCCAAACGUCUCACACACAUGCACAUACAUGUAACAUGCAUGCACUGUACAUACAUAGUGACAGUCACACAAUAACUCUCUCACACAAACUCUCCUAUCUGUCAUGCUGCCGUCCUCUUUCUCACCUUCUCUCUGUCUCUCGCUCUCUGUCUCUCGCUCUCUGUCUCUCGCUCUCUGUCUCUCGCUCUCUGUCUCUCGCUCUCUGUCUCUCGCUCUCUGUCUUUCGCCCUCUGUCUCUCGCUCUGCUGGUCUCCUUGGGUACAUUUGUCUAAACCCCAGCCUGUUCCGAUAGUGGGGGAAGUAUGUUAGGCCAAGGGGUGUGGAAAAGAGGGUACCUGGGGCAUGCAGGCAUCCAUCUAACCAUGGCUCAGUGCUUUCCAGUUUACUCUGUCACCCAUCUUCUCUCUGUAGAUUCCAUAAGCAUACGUCCCACUGCUGGCACACACAGCCCCAAAGUUUUGACUUGACCAAUGAAGCAUUCCGUAGACCAUAUGUUUAAAACACUGAACAUUUCUCUCCGUGUUCCACUUGGAGCUCUGAGGUCGGAAGAGAGUCGGAAGAGUACAAAUAAUAUAUUAUAGCACAAUCAUUAAACAGAAUCCCACUGCCGGGACUGUCGGACUACAAUGAUGUCAUGACCCCAACAAAAUGAUCUCUGACCAGUCUGGAAUGUUUUGGGACAUUUAGACUAUUCCUGAUUGGGUGUGACAAUGAAGCACCCUGACAUCACACAAGGAAGUGCCGUGGGUAGUGUUGGGUGGGCUAAUUUGGUGUAUAAAAAAAAAAACAUUCCAUAGAGACUGGCUCCCCAAGAUGUCAUACACACACACACACACACACACACACACACACACACACACACACACACACACCCAUCAUGUCUAAGUAGAAGCAAGCAACACACACAGACACACACACACACACAGACAGCCAUGAUGUGUGUGUGUGUGUUGCUGCUUGCUUCUACUUAGACAUGAUGUGUGUGUGUGUAAGUAGAAGCAAGCAGCAACACACACACACCUCAUGUCUAAGUAGAAGCAAGCAGCAACACACUUUCUUUAUGUGCAUUUACAGGGAUGGAACCUAUUUACAAAGGAAAACGCACUUACCAUGCCAGACAGGUACCCACUGCCAAUUCCAAAGUGCACAUCCGUCGUUGUGUCCAUCCCAUAGAUAUACAGCUCCACUGUCAAUCAAUGCCAGAAUUGCCCGUUAUAUGUCAACUGCCUUGAACCAAUAUGUGCAUACUAAUGUUAUGCCAAUUUGGAAGUGAACACCCAAGGCUUUUCUGUUUGUCUGUAUUAGUACAUUGCAGGAUACUGUAUGUCUCAAUGCCCUGCCAUCCUAUUGAAGUAUAUAUUUAAGCUAUAAUGCAUGAGGGGGUGUGGUAUAUGGCCAAUAUACCACGGCUACGGGAUGUUCUUUCGCACAACGCAACCCAGAGUGCCUGGAUAAAGCCCUUAGCCGUGGUAUAUUGGCCAUAUAACACAAACCCCCUAGGUGCUUUAUUGCUAUUAUAAACUGGUUACAAACGUAAUUAGAUCAGUCAAAAUAAAUGUGGUAUAUAUCAAACCAGCCAGUUUAUAAUAUAUGAUCACAACCAAGAGAGAAACGUCUCAGAAAUGAUUAUAACCGGUGUUGCACAUACAGCUGCACAUGAAUUGAGAUGAAUUGUGGAAGGCUCUACAGCUUUCUGAAACAAUUUCUGUCUUUACAUUCGAAUCAAUGGAAAGACCAAAGGCUCCAGGCAAGCUCACAAGACAUCUAACCCUGGGGGGGGGUUUAACCCCUCAAAUGUCCCUGUUGCAUCCGGAGUUGUCUUUGACUAAACUUCAUGGUCAAGUGUGAUAGACAGUCACUGGAUCCAGCCCCACUAGCAGGGACAGCGAGUCCUAAGUCCUAACGAACCAUCAUCACUCCAUUUUGGAAACGAUGUACUAAAGAGGGGUCUAGCACAGCCACGGUUAGUUACGGUUAGUUCACCCGGUUCUUCCCAUGUGUCAAAUCCGAUAGAGCUCAGUCGCUCAGCAUAGAGGCCUACGGGCUUAUUGGUGCAUCCAUGGGUGGAAUGAAUAGAAGUGGAAAUAGUUAUCUCUGUCUGAGAAAUUGAACUCUGAAAACGAGGUUACGUUAUGUCAUACGGCACCAUCUAUUCCUCAUUUUAUACAUCUAUAUACAUAGAAAUAUUAUACAUGUAUAUACAUAUUUAAGCAUUGACAUAUAUGAAUGUAGAGCAAUGUGUCUAUAAUGUGUAAGUAUCGUUAGUACAUGUGUAUAUCACUGUAGCACUUAUACUGUAGUUCUUAUGUCAACAUUAGAUCACUCAGCCCUCUACUAACUCUUCUACAUUCCUCCUAUAUUCCAAUAUCUGUAUUUAAAGAUGCCUUCAUGCUUUUUCCUCUGCGUUCUGUUGGGGAUAUACAUGGAGAUCAAUGGAGGGAUUGUAGAUCUAUUUUUAUUCGAAUCUAUUGAUUCUGUGACUCAUGCUGAUGACUGAUGGGAUGUUCUCUCUGACUCGGAUGCUCUAUGCUGUGACCCCAACUUAACUUAUCAUUGACAAGUCAACGAGGAGGCUGGUGGGAGGAGCACUAUGAGCACGGGCUCAUUGUAAUGGUUGGAAUGGAAUGGUAUCAAACAUAUGGAGAUCCAUUGGUUCCAUUCCAGCCAUUACAAUGAGUCCGUCCUCUUAUAGCAACAGCCUCCUCUGUCACACUACUAUUUAUAAGCACCAUCACAAGCAUUUUUUCCCCCCCCUAGUUAAUCCAUUUUAAAAACAGAACGAUAUUCCGGAAGGAUCUCUAUAACAUUCCUGUAUGAUCUGGAGACCAACCUAACCCACUGUAGUUACUGAGAACCUUUUGUGCCGUCAACGCAGACGGAUUUCCUGCGCCAAGCAGCCUAUAGUAGCUGUUCAUGACUGGCUUUGUUUUCUCUGUCCUUCUAUCAGGCCAAUAUACCAUGAGGCUGUUUUCCUACUGCCCAACAAUAGACAACAAGACACUGUUGGUGGCAUUUUUUUUUUUUAAAUGGGAGGGGGUCAUUCAUUGAUUACAAAUGAAAGGUUCAGCUAUUUAACCCAUUUGGAGAAUUUUGGUGUAUUGUUUUAAGAUGAGGGUUAUUAUUUAUUUGUUUCAACAUUUUAACUGCCUACAGCCUAGCGAUAGUCCUUUUUUUUUUUAGUAUUUGCUUUACCACAAAUUAGGUUAAAGGGUUAACUUUAUAACAUGCAUAAGGGGUUGUAAAAUACAUUGAACCAAAUCCAUAGAUCAGCAUCAAACACACCCAUCUGUUAAUGUGUUGAUGGAUAGGGGAAACAGUGUCCCCUGCUGUUUCAAAUGUUUUUGCACAAUUUAUUAAAUAAUGGUAAUGCCGUUAAGCUGACACUUUAUUUGCCAAUUAUCGUUACUCCUGGUUUCUGCUGUGUCUAUUAUACAGUUGAGAUUAUUGUAAAACAUGGACUGAAGUGGGACAAUUUUUCUUGUCUAUUUUUGAAUGAUAUGUCAUUGAUGUACUGCAGGGGGAGGCAACCCUGGUCCUCGAGUGCUGCAGGCACGUUAUGUUUUGGAUUUACCAACCUGAGAGACCAGGUGUGUUGAAUUUAGGUAAUCACUGAACUGAUCAAUUAGGCCUGUUGGCCAGGUGUGGUGCCUUGUUGGAACAAAAUCCUGCAGUACCUGCGGCCCUCCAAGAUAAGGGUUGCCUAACCCUGACGUACUGUAUAUUCACUCUUGAAUAUAAUAUACUAUUGAAUUGUCAAUGUAUUAAUGUUACAACAUUUCUGUGCUUAUGGGUUUGCUAUGUGUUGUAAUGUCAGGAAUGGGAAAUGUGAUAUUCCUCAUCUAUAUGAGGGAUAUUUCCAGUCACCUCAAAUAAUUGGCACCCUUGAUAAAGAUGCUCAAACAUUUUGAAAUGAUUGUAUGAUCUGAGUAAGUAAGAGUCAUUUUUAACUAAAAUAAUUACAACAAAAAGUAUUUUAAAAAAGAGCCAUCUGACCAUAGAACCGGUUUUAAUCUACAUGCCAAUUCCGUUUAGCAAGCUCAUACUGUACCUAGUGUAAAAUAUGGUGGUGGAUCUUUGAUGUUAUGGGGCUAUUUUGCUUCCACUGGUCCUGGGUCAUCAUGAACCUUACCCAUUACCAGGACAUUUUAGCCCACAAUAUUGUUGCUUCUACCAGAAGGCUGUGGAUCUUCCAGCAAGACAAUAACCCCAAGCACACAUCAAAAUAGUUAAUUGACCACAAUAUCAACAUUUUGCAAUGGCCAUCUGUCUCCAGACUUGAACCCCAUUGAAAACCUGUGGUUUGAAUUGAGGAGGGCAGUUCAUAAGAGCAGGGGAAGGAUAUCAAGGAUCUGGAAAGACUCUGUAUGGAGGAAUGGUCUCAGAUCCCUCCCAACAUGUGUUCUCCAAUGUCAUAAAACAUGUUAGAAAAAAACUUAGUGUUGUAAUCCUCGCAGGGGGAGGGUGCUGGAGUAAUGAAAACAGGGGCGCUAAUCAUUUUGACAUAUCUUUUAGAUUACUUGUUAAUAAACAAAAUCUCUUUCUCUGACCAAUUGUUAGUAUAAUAUAAUUUCCCUGAUGUUUUGAGCAUACAAUAAAUAUCAGUAUUUGAUAUAUAUUUUUUUUGUUGCUCAUCUUUAUCACUGGUGCUAAUAAGUUUGGAGGUGUGUUACAGUAACUGCACUCUGGCCAUUGCGAGUCACUGCAUUUUACCAUAACGAAAGGUAUUUAAUCAGCCCUAUAGUAAUGUAAUAUCCUUGUGUGUUCAAGUAUGCUGUUUGUAAAGAGAAAAUGAAAUAAUGGGUAUGAUUUUGUUAAUGUGCAUUUCAAUGAUCACCGUGUGUGUGUGUGUGGUGUUACCCACUGGGCACAGACGUCAGUUUAACGUCUAGUUUUGAUUUACAUUUGGUUGAGUUGUCAACGAACGUGAAUUCAACAACAAAUGUCACCAUGUCAUUGGAUUUAGGUUAAAAGUCAAGUGGAAACUAAAUUAAAUUCCCUUAAUUUUAUUUAUUUAUUUUUUAAAUCCAAUCAGUUUUCCACGUCAUCACAGAUUUUUGGAGAAUUUAUUCAACCAGUUUUUGCCCAGUGGGUAGUUUGUCUCAUACUUUGAUUAUUUUGCUGUACUAAUAAAUGCUGCUCUUUUUAUUAUUGUUAUAAACACUCAACAGUUAAUAUGCCGACGCCGCCUUCCCCAAGUCUCCCUUCACUUUCACUGAAAUGUCUUCCAUGUUUACCUUCAGAUAGACAUAAAGGUGAUUGAUAUCUUAAGGUUAAAGGUCACUGAUAUAUUUUUCCUACUCCGUUGCCAUUGUGGCCCCCUCCAUUACGUUCCCUACAGGCGUUAAAGAGUAGCAUGAGAGUUAGCACAAAUUACCCCACACUGCCUGGCUUCCACAGCCCAGUUAUCCUCGCACGUUCUCACAAUGUUGCAUUCAUGUUUUAUUAAUGUCACUGAGGAUUUCCACUAUCAACAAUAUUUGGUUGUUUUGUGUUGGGUUCAUUCCGAUCUGUCCCUUUUCACACUAACAGUAGUGGGCACUGCCUGGAGAUGGAACAGGAUACGCAUCACAGGAAAUGCAUUAUGACAUUAAUGACACAGAAUCCCACCCAAAAGCCUUACACUGAAGAUCGAAUCAAUCUCUAUAUUUUAGUUCUGUGUACUUACUUCACACAGUAUGGAAGGACGGCUCCCUUGCAGACGGAGAUGACGCUGUUUGUUGAAGUGCACUUGGUUUUAAAUUGUAAUGUUAUUUUUUCUUACCUUGAAAAGUCGACUCUUUCUUGUGUUAAACAAUAAAUGGCUAAGAUGUUAACCUUG